ACCUUCGACCCCUUUCGCCGUUAACACUGCAAAAGAAAGUAUCGUGUUCUUGCUUCCAUCAGUCAUCACUAUAAACAAUCAUCGGUGUUUGACACGCAUCAAUACUCGUUUUACACUCCAAGAAAUCCUUGAUGUUUCCAAGUUUGAAAGUAUGUUCGUUUAAGGCUGAAAUUAUAAUCCGUUGGAUUCUAGUCACAAUUAUUGUAUAUCAUGCUUUAUCUCGUCUUUAUUUCACACUGAUGAAUCCGAAUUCGACAUUGAAGUAGGUAGUUGAUUUCUAGGGUUUGUGGUUUUUUUCAGAUGGUGACAAAUGCUAAUGAGUUAGCUUUGAAAACCGUCUUUGGAGAAUUAGUCAAAGCAGUUGCAUCAAAGAUCAAACGAACUGCCAAAUUCAAAACCCUACUCAAGCGCCUCGACAAAACACUAAGAACCAUUGAACCACUGGUUUAUGGAAGUGGAAAUUUGGGGAAAGUGUUGGAUCGUCCUGAAAACGAGAUCAAAAUGUUCAUAUUUUAUCUGGAGAAUGCGAAAGAUCUAGUUCUAAUGUGCUCAACCAUCAAAUGCUGGAAGGUCUACAAGAAAUUUGUUCAUGCUAAUAAGCUCAUUCGAUUGGAUAAUGAGCUACAGAGGUUCUUCCAGACUGGAAUGGAGGAUAACAUGAUGAGUGUUAGCAGGAGGGGUCUGAUUGAGAUUUAUGCUUUGGGAGAAAAAUUGGAUCAAGUUCUUGCAGCCGUCACCGAACGGGCAGGUGGAUUUUCUGGUUCUUGCAGUGUUCCGGGGCUCCCGGAUGUCAUCAUUGGCUUGGAUCAUCAUCUUGACGAAUUGAAGCGUAGGCUGCUCAAAGAUGAUAACCAGGUGUUGACGGUUUCAGCUCCCGGAGGUUGUGGGAAGACUACGUUGGCAAAGAUGGUUUGUCAUGAUAAUGAAAUUAAAGGCACUUUUGGGGACAACAUCUUUUAUGUUACUGUUUCUAGAAUGGCGACCCUUAAAAGCGUCGUCCAGAAACUAUUUGUACAUCAUCUUCAUGUAGACCGUUGUGAGUUUCAAACUGAUGAAGAAGCGAAGAAUCAACUCGAGAACUUGUUGAUGAGGCAAAUGGGAUCGGAAAACAUAUUGCUGGUCCUGGAUGACGUGUGGUCUGAAUCUGUGUCACUUAUUCAGGAUCUUAAGUUCCCAAUCCCGGGAUACAAAAUCUUGGUCACAUCAAGAUUCUUGUUUCCAAGGUUUGGUUCCACAUAUGAAUUGAGCUUGUUAAAUGAUGAGGAUGCAAGGACCCUUUUUUGCCAUUACGCAUUUCCCUGUGGUGAGAUCUUGAAUGUGCGAGAUGAUCUUGUGACCAAGAUGGUCAAAUGCUGCAAAGGGUUUCCAUUGUCCCUUACGGUGAUUGGUGCAUCAUUAUGUGGGCAAAAUGAGGUCAAGUGGAGAACCACUUUGAAGAAAUGGUCUGAAGGUCAAUCCAUUUUCGAUUCAAGCACCCGCCUAUUGCUUAGUCUUCAGGCCAGUGUUGAUGCACUCGAAGAGUUGCCGAUAGCCAGAGACUGUUUUCUUGAUUUAGGUUCGUUCCCUGAAGAUGAAAAGAUUGCAGCCUCUGCUCUUAUGGAUAUGUGGGUGGAGUUGUAUAAUUUAGACGAAGAAGGAAUGUAUACCAGUGAAUACCUUCUUGAGCUUUCUUCAAGAAAUCUUCUGAGUUUCAUUCCUACAAGGAAAGAUGCUAGUGAACUAGAAGGCUAUUGUAACGAGCAUUAUGUCACACAACACGAUUUACUGAGAGAGCUAGCGAUACACCUGAGCAGCCAAGGUCCGAUAUCACAAAGAGAACGAUUAAUAAUCGAAAUUCAUGGAAAUGACAUACCCGCAUGGUGGAUUGAACAAUCGCAACAACCUAUCGCUACCCGCCUCUUGUCUAUUACAACAGAUGAAGCGUUUGCCUCUUCUUGGUAUGAUCUAAAAGCACCAGAAGUCGAAGUUUUUGUAUUGAACAUACAAAGUAAAAAGUAUACGCUCCCCGAGUUCAUCCAGAAUAUGAGUCAACUCAAGGUUUUAAACGUCACAAGCUACGGGAUUUGUCCUUCUGAGCUACAUGAACUUCCAUUGAUCGGUUCUCUAUCCAGAUUAAGACGGAUGAGAUUCGAACACCUCUCAAUUUCUUCCUCAAUCCAAUCCAUCUUCGAGGUGAAGAACUUACGAAAGCUUUCCUUCAUCAUGUGUGAGAUUGAUAACGCAUUAGAGACCUGUACAAUGGACGCUCGUUCUAUGCUACCGAAUCUCACGGAGCUUGAGAUUGACCGUUGUUAUGAUCUGAAAAAGGUACCAGACUAUCUAUGCAGUCUUGUUCGCCUUAAGAAACUCAGCAUCACGAACUGCCACGAGCUCGAUGCUCUUCCUAAAGGAUUGGGAAGUUUGUCGAAUUUGGAAAUUCUUAGACUUCAUUCAUGUACGAGGUUAGCGAAAUUACCCAACUCGAUCGGAAACCUCCAUGGUUUGACCUUCCUCGAUAUCUCUGAUUGUUUGAGUAUAGACUCACUGCCUGAUGAGUUUGGGGAGCUAACUGGUUUAAGGGUGCUCAAGAUGAGCGGUUGUCGAGGAUUAGAAGAACUGCCGGCUUCCGUGACCAAUUUAACGUUGUUAGAAGACGUGAUAUGUGACGAAGAGACUUCAUAUUUAUGGAGUUACUAUGAAAGUGAUCUCGGUGAUUUGAAGAUAAAUGUUGUUGAAGAUGACCGAUUUGCAGACUUCAUGCAAAUCGUUGCUCAGUAACAAGGUGCGCCGAUGGCUAGGAAACCAAGAGCCCAUUCUUCACCAGAUCAAGAAUGGCCCUCGUUUUUGAUAGAUCCUAACCGGUCCUAAUUAGGACUGGCCAAGGACCUUCUUUCUGAUUGGCGACCGGGUCAUCAUAUCAGGAAUCGUGUACUUCUGGUUAGUCCUAAUCACUUAACCAAAUGCCACCUUUCUGGUUGAUGGCUGGAUCACCAGAUAGGAAUGGCCUAUUGCUGAUCAGUCCGAACUUGGGACUGAUUUAGAACUGGCCAAGGACCUUCGGAUCAAGGAUGGAUCUCUAAGCCUAGACCGCAUGACUAGUUACUAUUGCUACAAAAUAAUAUAUUCGUUUUUAAUAUAUGAUUCGAAUAUUUACGUGAACCUUUUAAAUUGUAAUUCCAAGUUGAUACUAGUAUCGGGUACUUUGUAAUUUGUAAGUUGUAACGUUUCACUCGUAUAUAUAAAUAAGACACGU